CCUAAACACAUCCAACACCCGCUACAGAACGUAGAACGGUUUUACUAUCUAUGUACUGCAUGUUUUCAUGCUACGAAGUAAAUAUGAAACGCCGUUUUCCGUUUCGUGGGUUAUGUUAUUUUAUCAUGUAUAAUGGUACUUUUCUUAUGCGAAAUUAUUGAAAUUGUUGAUCGUGAGAUAAUCGAUUGUUAUAUAAUUGGCGAUUAAUUUUCCGUUCAUAAGAUGUACAAACAUUUAGCGACACGGGUUGCGGAACGUAUAUCCCCACAUGGUGUUCUCUUUAUACCGAAGCAAGUAAUCGUGCAGCGGUCCAUGCGUUUGUGCUCGUUCUGCAACUUUCACCACGGAAAGACGUCGAAAUCUAUAAAACAUCAUCAACUUCGUACUUAUAAUACGACAGUAAAUAUAUUAGAUCAUUCACCAAUAAAAAAAAAAGUCAAGCAAAAAACAAAAAAAUAUGCUGAGUUAUUAGCAGUAACAAACAAUACAACAAGUAAUAAGAGGACCAAAGUUCAAAAAUUAGCAGCAUCUAAUCUCUCUGUAUUAGUUGAUGAUUCUGAUGUUUCCGCAAACAAGCUAUGCGACAAUAAAAACUUUAUUAUUGAUCAACAAUUGAAUUCAAAUUAUAUAAAUGAGAACUGUCAUAAUCUUUGUGAUACUGAAAUUUAUUUAAAUAUUGAAAACGAUGUAAAUAUAGUUAAUGAAAAAGGAAUGAAAGAUUGCAAAAAAUUUCAUGACAAAAGGGAAGACUUUAAUAACUUGAAUAUUAAUAAUGAAAUUAAAAAUAACAUUCUUCAAAGAAAUUCUUCACUUCAUUCUGCUGAAAAAACCAAAGUGAAGAAACAUCAGGAAUACGAUACACAACUACAAAAAAAGAACUUGCAUCAAAUUAAAAAUAAAUAUGAAGCACAAAAGUAUGUUGAAAGUUUAUUGUCAUAUAUGGAUGUUUAUUUAUUUUGUGGAUUGUUAAAUAGAGCAAAUAAAAUCUUAGUAUUGUAUAGGAAAAAUUCUCAAAAAUAUUUGCAGAAUGAUGAAAGUAUUAAACUUUAUAAUAUGCUUUUGGGAGCAUAUGCUUCUAAAAGAAAAGUAGGAAAAGUUUUAGAAUUGUAUGAUACGAUAAAAAAAGAUUCCUUAACACCAACAUCCCAAACAUAUGCAUAUAUAUUUGAUGCUUUAGGAAGAGAAACUUUAAAUAAUAAACAAAUUGAAUUAUUAAAGAAAUUAAAUAUUGAAAUGAAUGAUUACAAUGUAUCUUUCAAUGAUAUCUUUAACAAAUCAUAUUUUACAACUGAUCAAGAAAAGAAUAUAUUAAAAGUAAUCAAGAUAUUAAUGCCAGACUUUAAGUUAUUACAUUCUACAUUAGAUAAAAAUUAUAAAUGUCAAAUUUUAAAAAAUAAUCUAACGGAAAAUAAUUAUGAAAAUCCAGUGGAAGGACUACUAACAAUGGAAGAACUGAAACAAUGUUUUAAAAUCCAACUUGAGACUGAAUUAGCAUUUGAAGUAGAGAUACCAAGUAUUAAACUAUGCGAUAAAAAUAUAAAAACUACUAGUUCUGAAGAAAAAAUUGCAGAAAUAGAAAAAUACUGGAAAAAUGCAGCGUCAGCAGCAUUUGAAAGGAAUUUAAAGUGUUUAAAGCAAAAGGAAUGUCAAUAUCAUAAUGUUUCAAUGGUUUUAUAUCCAUUUUUGGAAGUUCUGGAUAAAAAAUUCUACAUAGAUGCUAUGUUGCGCGAAAUCAAACAAUUAGCUAAAGGAUCAGAAAACUUUAGUGCGCCUGUUAAAUUAUUAAAUAUUAAAUUAGGGAAACAUAUUUAUAGGAGAUAUGAGAUUGAAAGAAAGAAGAAAUCUGGUGUGUUAAAUAAGAUAAUUAGUAUUUAUUCGAAAUACCUUGAGUGGUACUUACAUCCUGAAAAAAUGACACAUUUAAAUAAUAUGAAUCAUCGUAUCAUAUUGCAAUAUUUUGAACGUGAAGAAGCAAAGUAUAGUGUACCUUCAAAUUUUAUCUGUUUGAAUUGGCCUAUGGAUGUAAUUGUCAAUAUUGGCAAAUUUUUGUAUAAUAUUAUCUUGAAUGAUAUCAUGCUUCAACCUGAGAUUUUGAAAGGACAAGAUUUAAAAUAUUCUAUUCCUGCAUUUUAUACAUUGUUCAGGAACAAAGAAAUUUGUUUAUCAGAAGAGAUUAAACCUCAUCCUUUAGUAAUAAAAUUAUAUAAAACAACACAUUUAGAAACAUUAAUAUUUGAUACACUUUUUUUCCCUUCUUAUGGCCCACCAAAUCCAUGGAUUUCAAUAUAUUCAGGAGGAUAUCUUAUAACAAAAACUGAUUUUAUGAGAGUUGGAGUUGAUUCUAAUAAUUUAUGCCAUCAACUUAAAAUUACGGACUCAGAACAAUUAUUUCCUAUAUUUGAUUCAUUGAAUCAGCUUAGUUCUAUACCAUGGAAAAUUAAUACUGCCAUACUUGAUAUUGUAAUUAAGAUUUUUCAAGAUGGUGGUUCUGCAGAAUUAAAAGUUCCUCAAUCAAUUUCGGUAUUAUCUCCACCAAAUCCCAUAAGUAACAAUGCUACUGUCGAAGAGAAACAAAGAGCAGCAUUAGCGAAAGCUCAAUAUAUUCAAAAGAAAGCCGAUAUGUAUUCUCUAUGGUGCGACACUCUUUAUAAGUUAUCCAUUGCCAAUCAUUAUAGGAAUAAAAUAUUUUGGCUGCCACAUAAUUUGGAUUUUAGAGGAAGAGUCUAUCCAGUACCUCCACAUUUAAAUCAUUUGUCAUCUGAUUUGGGUCGUUCUUUACUUUUAUUUGCGAAAGGAAAACCUUUAGGUCCAAAUGGAUUGGAUUGGUUAAAGUUACAUGUUAUUAGUUUAACCAAUUUUAAGAAAGGAGAUAAUGUUAAAGAACGUCUUAAAUAUGCAAAUGAAAAUAUGGAUAAUAUAAUCGAUAGUGCUACAAAACCAUUGACAGGUAAAAUGUGGUGGAAACAAUCAGAGGAACCUUGGCAAACUUUAGCUGCAUGUAUGGAAAUAGCAAAUGCAUUGAAAGCACCAAACAUAGAAGAGUAUAUAUCUACGUUUCCAGUUCAUCAAGACGGAAGUUGUAAUGGACUUCAACAUUAUGCAGCACUUGGUAAAGAUCAGAUUGGUGCGGAAAGUGUUAAUCUAUAUCCAUUUGAUAUUCCAAAAGAUGUAUAUUCCGAAGUUGUGUCCGUUGUUGAAGCGCAACGACAAAUCGACGCAAAAAAUAAUAUUAUAAUUGCACAAAUGUUAGAAGGAUUUAUAAAAAGGAAAGUUAUAAAGCAAACUGUGAUGACGACAGUAUAUGGUGUAACAAAAUAUGGUGCAAAACAUCAAAUAGCAAAACAGUUAAGAGAUAUAGAAAACUUUCCAAAGGAAUAUAUUUGGCAGGCUAGUAUUUAUUUGACUGAAAAUACAUUUCACAGUUUAAGAAAAAUGUUUAAAAGUGCAAGAGAAAUUCAAGAUUGGUUCACACAGUGUGCUCAAAUUAUUUCUUCUACUUUUCGUCAAAAUGUGGAAUGGAUUACUCCGUUAGGUCUUCCUGUUGUACAACCCUAUACAAAACAAAAGUUUCCAAAAAAUCGUGUUAAAAGCAACGAGAAACCUGAUACAAUGAAACAGCGAAAUGCAUUUGCACCAAACUUUAUACAUUCUUUGGAUUCCACUCACAUGAUGCUUACUGGGCUAAAUUGUUACAGAAAUAAUGUUACUUUUGUCUCAGUGCAUGAUUGUUUUUGGACUCAUCCUUGUACUGUAGAUGUUAUGAACAAAAUAUGCAGAGAACAAUUUGUUGCGCUUCAUUCUGAACCUAUUCUGGAAGAUUUAGCUCAAUUUUUUGUAACUCGAUAUUUAUCAGCUAACAAGAUACAAGAAUAUGAUGCUAAAUUUAACUUGGAAGAAGUACAUAAUUGUUUUAUUAAUGUACCAUCAAAAGGUACUUUCGACAUUAAUAAAGUUUUGUCGUCUGUAUACUUUUUUAGUUAAAUUUUUACGAAUCUUAGACUAUCUUAUGUACAUUAAUAAUAAAAAU